CUUAACAUCCAGGCAGAGAAGAUAAAAGUUUGAUCCAUACAGAUCAGGGCAGAUCCAUGGCUCUCUCUCUCUCUCUCUCUUUGGUGGACUAUAAAAGGUCUAACAUGUUAAGCCACAGGAAGAUUUGACGACAUCUACAGGACAUCGAGAAUUCUUUCCAUAAUGUGAAUAAAUGCUGACAAUUUCCCAGUGGGCACUCAAACCAUGGAAGGAUUAACAUCUCCUCGGAUUGCCUUCUGAUAUUGGGUUUAUUGGUGCCAGAUCUGCACUUAGAAAAACACCCGAAAAUAGAAAAAGAAUUCCAAUCAAACUCGACUUGGACUCACAAUGAAAAUCCCACCCAAUCAUUCCCUGUGUCCUGUGCUGCUCUGCCUCAGUUUUAUUUGUUUCACAAUGUCUGUUCAAAAGUCUAUUAAAGUGGAAAGAAAUCAAAGCAAGCACUUAGAGGAAGAGAAGCAAGUGCAUCAUCGUCCCAAGCGUGGUUGGGUCUGGAACCAAUUCUUUGUUUUAGAAGAACACAUAGGACCAGAAGCUCAGUACGUGGGCAAGCUUCACUCGAAUGCAGACAAAGGCGAUGGAUCGGUCAAGUACAUCCUUUCAGGGGAAGGAGCUGGCUCUAUAUUCGUUAUUGAUGACAGCACAGGAGAUAUUCAUGCAACUAAAAGUCUAGAUCGUGAGCAGAGGGUACAUUAUAUUCUUCAUGCUCAAGCUUUGGACAGAAAGACAAACAAGCCCCUUGAACCGGAGUCUGAGUUUAUCAUCAAGGUGCAGGAUAUAAAUGAUAACGCACCAGCCUUUUUGGAAGGACCUUACUCUGCAUCUGUCCCCGAAAUGUCUGAAGUUGGUACAUCGGUACUUCAGAUAACAGCUACAGAUGCUGAUGAUCCGACAUAUGGAAACAGUGCCAGGGUGGUGUACAGUAUCCUGCAGGGACAGCCAUACUUUUCUGUGGAUCCCAACACAGGAAUCAUCAGAACAGCCUUACCCAACAUGGACAGGGAAGCAAGAGAACAGUAUUCUGUCGUCAUUCAAGCCAAAGAUAUGGCUGGACAGAUAGGAGGGCUGUCGGGCUCGACAACAAUUAAUAUAACUCUAACUGAUGCCAAUGACAAUCCUCCCAGAUUCCCACAAAAACACUACCAGCUGUAUGUACCUGAGUCAGCCACUGUGGGCACAGCUGUAGGUAAGAUUAAGGCAACUGAUCCUGAUAUUGGAGUGAAUGCAGACAUGAAAUACAGCAUCAUUGAUGGAGACGGUUUAGGUAUUUUCACCAUUUCCACAGACAAAGAUACCAGGGAAGGAGUUAUUAUUCUAAAGAAGCCACUAAACUAUGAAAAGAAGAAGGUGUUUACAAUAAAAAUAGAAGGAGAAAACACCCACAUUGAUCCUCACUUUUGGAACCUGGGUCCAUUCAAGGAUACUGCAAAUCUGAAAAUUAUUGUUGGAGACGUGGAUGAACCUCCUGUGUUCUCUGAACCCUUUUAUGUGAUGGAUGUUUAUGAAAAUACAAAGCUAGGAACUGUGGUCGGAGCAGUGACAGCACAAGACCCUGACAGUGCCAAAAACCUCAUCAGAUACUUUAUUGAACAUGAUGAAGAAGCAGAGGGGUAUUUCAACGUUGAUGCAAACAGUGGGGUUAUUAAGACCAUGAAGCAACUGGACAGGGAAAACACACCUUGGCUUAACAUCACAAUCAUCGCAUCAGAACAUGACAACCCAUUGCAGCUGACUCAAGUUCCAGUUGCCAUUCAAGUUCUUGAUGUUAAUGACAAUACACCAGAGCUUGCUGAGGAUUAUGACACAAUCCUGUGUGAGAAUGCCAAACCUGGUCAGGUUAUUCAGACAGUGCGCGCUGUUGACAAGGAUGAUUUUGCCAAUGGGCCAAGGUUUUACUUUUCCUUUGUGGAGGGUUUUCCACCAAACCCAAAUUUUACACUGCGGGAUAAUGAAGACAGUACAGCUAGUAUUAUGAUACGACGAAGAAAAUUCAGCCGGCACCUCCAGGAGGUCUACCAACUACCAAUUGUGGUUUCUGACAGUGGAAAUCCCAUUCUGAGCAGCACUGGUACUCUCACUAUCAGAGUGUGUGCUUGUGAGAGAAAUGGCAAGGUCCGAACAUGCAGUGCUGAAGCGUACCUCUCUGCAGCCGGUUUGAGUACUGGGGCAUUAAUAGCCAUUUUACUGUGCAUCAUCAUCCUGCUGGCCAUCAUUGUUCUCUUCAUCACCUUGAAGCGGAGUAAAAAAGAGCCUCUCAUCAUCUCGGAAGAAGAUAUCAGAGAAAAUGUGGUGACAUAUGAUGAUGAGGGAGGAGGAGAGGAGGACACAGAAGCGUUUGACAUCACGGCGCUGAGGAACCCUGCAGUAGCUGAGGAAGUGCGAUUUCGGCGAGAUGUCAGACCAGAUGUACAGCCUGUUCCCAGACACAGACCCCCCUCAGCCCCAAACAGCCCUGACAUUCAUGAGUUUAUUACACAAAAACUGCAGGAAGCUGACCUGGAUCUAAGUGUUCCUCCUUAUGACUCUCUCCAGACAUAUGCAUACGAAGGUCAUGGGUCCAUAGCAGGGUCAAUAAGUUCACUGGAUUCAGUCACCACACACUCGGAACAGGAUUAUAAUUAUAUUGGAGAUUGGGGACCUCAGUUCAAAAAACUGUCAGAACUGUACGGAGUAGAUGAGUCAGAAAGAACCAAUUAGUUUUCAUUCCCAUAGUAAAACACUUGUAUGUAAAACAAAGAAAAAACAUCAGAUUUCCAUUUCUUCAGCUACAAUUGUUCCACAAUUUUACUGUAGCAGCAAGUGCCCUUUUAAUAUUUUGAAAGAUGGGUUCAACAAACAAAUGAAAAGAACACAUUUUGAAAAUAUAAAAAAUA